AUGCAUUUCGCCAACGUUGCUGCUUUUGCCUGCGCUGUUAUCAGUGUCAGCGCCUUCGAGUUCCCGGAAUUUGUCCCCCUGCACAAGCGCCAGGAACCCGGAACUCCUGCGUACGAGUGCCACGCUAGCUGCGGUGCCAUCAUCACCGCCGGCCGUACCGAUGGAUACUGUGAUGCCAGCGAUUUCCAGUCCACCCUAACCGAUUGCUUGAACUGUGCUCUUGAGUUCGACAUCUGGAAGUACUACGGAUCUUCCGUGACCACGUCUGCUGAGGGCUGUGGGUUGGAUGCCACCCCGGUCGAAGUGACUUCCACCACCACUGCAGCGGCUUCUUCUACCACCACUAAGGCAGCUUCCACCACCGCUGAAGUUUCUUCUGCCUCUGAGGAAGCCUCUUCCGCUACAUCUGUUAGUACUACCUCUACCGAGUCUGCAGUUGAGAGCGCCACCUCCGAUGUGACCACUGGUGCCGUGACCUCCUCUACUGCUCCUGCUGUCGUCUCCACUGUCUCCACUGCCACCAGCACCCAGCGUGUUCCUGUUUCUGCUCGCCCCUCGUCAUUGAUCCCUUCGUCAGCACCUACUGGAAGCUCGACUGCUGCCACUGCUACCUCCUCCCCCGUCUACACUGGUGGUGCUUCGACCAAUGCCGCUAGCGGACUUGUGUCUGGUGCUAUUGUUGGUUGCGUCAUCGCUGCCUUCUUCUAA